ACUGUAUCCAGUGAAGGUGCAGUGGAGUUACAGUCCGACACCGGAGGAGAGCAGCGGAGGGGCUGAACAGCUGAUCACCUCGUGUAAAAUUCCAAACCCAGUGAUGGAAACAACGGAGAAAUAUUUAUACGUCUUCCUCGUGUCCCACUACAUCUUCAACGUCGUCUUCAUCUCUUAUCUUUUCACCAUAGAGGAAGCUACAAAAGUCUCAAGCUAUGGAUUGCUGGACUGAAGUUGGGCCACCUGAUCCUGUUUGCGCCAGGACAACCGUUAGAAAUUAAAACAAGAAGUCGUUAUGGACAAUUGUGCAAAACGUGCUUUCACUGCCAACAGAGCUGGUGUGGACAGCACUGUUCCCUUUGGAGGAUACAAGUGGAUUUGCGCGUAAAGGACAUGGACAUGAUGGUUUCUUUCCACGCUGCCUGAAAAUUCAAGCACUAUGUUUUAGUAAUUAUGGGGAAAAGCUGUAGUUAGAGUAGAAGAGUGUGUUAGUGUGUGAGUGUGUGUGUGUGUGUGUGUGUGUUUUGUAGAUCGGAGUGUGCAGGGCAGCUUCCUUUGCGCACAUACCAAUCGUGCGCCGCAGCUGAGCCGCUCCGUUCUAACAGCUCUGCACCGCAUCAGGAUCUGCAAUCUGACCCGCAACAGGUCUGUGCCACUGGGAAACAUCCAGCACCUGCUGUUUUAACUUUAAACACAGUCGAGUGGCGGGUUUGACAGCUGCAUCCAAGUGAAAGCCAUGGCUCUACCAGAUAGUGGCAUAUCAGGGGAGGAGGUUCCCUUCCCGGAGAUUAUCGAGCUCAAUGUAGGUGGUCAGGUGUACAUAACCCGGUAUUCCACCCUCACAAGUGUGCCAGACUCCCUGCUAUGGGAGAUGUUCAGUCGGAAGUCAGCAAAAGGACUAGCCAGGGACACUAAAGGCAGGUUCUUUGUGGACCGUGAUGGUUUCCUGUUCCGAUACAUCCUGGACUACAUGCGGGACCAGCAGCUGGUCCUUCCAGACCACUUCCCGGAGCGUGGGCGUCUGCAGAGAGAGGCUGAGUUCUUCAACCUGCCCGAACUAGUCAAGUUACUGGCCCCUAAAAUCAGCAAACAGAACUCCCUGGGAGAUGAGGGCUGCCAGAGCGACCCGGAGGACUCCUCACCCGGCAUCGACACCGCCCGGAACCUCAGCUCCCUGGGCGCCGCCGCCGCCGCCUGUGCCAGCCUGGUGCCCGGCUCCGUGGACGGGAAACGCUCCGGUUUUAUUACGAUCGGCUACCGAGGCUCCUACACCCUGGGCCGAGACAGCCACACCGAUGCCAAAUUCCGCCGGGUGGCACGGAUCAUGGUGUGUGGAAAGACCUCCCUGGCCAAAGAGGUGUUUGGGGAGACCCUGAACGAGAGCCGUGACCCGGACCGGCCCCCGGAGCGCUACACGUCCAGAUACUAUCUCAAGUUCACCUUCCUGGAGCAGGCGUUUGACAAGCUGGCCGAUGCAGGUUUCCAUAUGGUAGCCUGUAAUUCCACAGGAACCUGCGCCUUUGCCCAUGAGCAGACGGACGACAAGAUCUGGACCAGCUACACUGAAUAUGUGUUCUACCGUGGCUCAUCACUCAUCUCCAUGGCAACAACCUCUGAAACCCCAGCUGUCACUGAGGAGGUGACUUCUCAACUUGCUACUGCUGUUGAAUUGGCCAAAGUGGAGCCCUGCAGCGGCAGAACACAAAGCCUUCCAGAAACCAGCAGCAACACAAUACUGGACGUCCAAAAGCCACCUCCCUUGGAAUCUCCUCCUCCUUUGACACCUCCCCUUCCUCCACCUCCACCUCCCGCCACCAGCAGCCCUGAUCUCCCUCCUCUGUCGUCCCCUUCCCCACCACCGCCUCUGCCAUCCAAACCUUCUUCCACCUCCAGUCCUUCUCCCCUAACCUCUCCUCUUCCUGAAAGCCCCCAGCGCCCCACCACCCUAAACCUAAAGACACUGCCACGGCCCACAGCUAGGGAGAAUGGCGGCCCCCCACCCAGGGUGGACGAGGAAGAGGAGGAGAGGAAGAUGCUGGAGGAGGAUCUAAAGAAAUGCAUUGAAGACUUCAAGAAGAUCCGCUUGCCCAGAGUGUUUCCAGAUCGCAAAAGGCACUGGCAAAAUGACCUGCUCAAGAAGUACAAUGCAUAGAGAACUUUGGUUCAGCUCUGAACUACAAACAGGGGAUUUUGCAGCACUGGACGGAACACAUGGUGGAUUCCGAAUUUAUUUGCAGUGUGCUCUGAUCCAAACUAUGUAAAGACUGUCAGCAAGUUUACUUUGAUCUCUAAUUUAGUAGCUCUUGCAUGUCAACAGAAAUAAAAUGUCAAGUGCUUUGGCUGAGCUAGUCUAGCAAUCACUCAUAGAAGUCUAAAACACUGAGAGUAGUUUUUCCAUCAUAGAAAACAACAUCCCUGUAGAGAUGGGUAGUGUUCAUGGCACAAAACUACUUUAAAACAGCACACGUAAAUACUUUUUCAGUCAUUCAUUUUUCACUCACUCAGAGGAUAGUAUUGUAUGUCAUGUCAGUCAUUAGAGGUUCCUGUCCUGCUCUCUGUACUAUUUCCACUGAUCAAGCAACUGGAAAAUGUAAGACAAGUGUGAGACUUUAGGUAUUUGACCUUGCUGAUGCAAAAUAAUAAAAAAAAAAAAAAAAAUGAAGUUAAA